AUGGAGCCACCGAGUUCGCGACCGGAGGAACCUCCGACAUGGGACGAGCUUUACAAAAUCAACCUAAUGCCUUCGGAGGUAUUCCUAAAGUUCCGCAAAGAGCUCCAAGGUCUUCGCGUCGGCGUCAAUCUCGAGUUAUAUAACGAACCCACAAAUGAUUACCACGCAAAGCUUGUUUUGAAGCCAUUAUCACCGGAAAGGAAGUGGAAGUUUAUAUAUGAGCCGAUAAACCAAGAAGUUCGAGUUGUGUCAAAGAAGAUUCCUCUCACCAGAUUUCUAAACCUCCAGGUUGGUGUUGGGCAUAACUUUCAGAUGAAUGCAAUGGGUUGGAAAUGGAAGCUUACUUCAUGUUUGGGUGGAGAUGGUGUGUCCCGGAUCCGAAACAAAACUACUCUUGGUCUGAGUCCUGGUGUCGAUUUCCGGUUCGGAUGGAGAGCUGAUUUCGUACUCCCAGAGGUUACAGGGGCGCUUGGUACUGAAGAACCGUUGUUCAACAUGAGCUCGGGGCGUUUAGAGGCAUCACUGGACAGAGUAGAAGCCAUUCUAACACAUUCGGAAUAUCUAUAA